GUGGAUUCCUGGAUACUCUCCUGACUGAUCUACACGGCAAAGGGUGGAGUGGAGUCCUUCCCAGGCAGAGAACAUGGAGUCUCAACAUCUUUUUUAUAAAGCACGUCUGAACUCCAUUCAUCCCGGGAGCCGUUUCUGAAGAACUUGUCCUGUACCUUUGCGAUCAAAUGAGAUGACCUUUUUUUAGCGUUGGCCUGUAAUUUGGUGGACUCUUAUUUCUGAGCAUCUUCGUCUCGUGGGGGUGAAGCUACCUUUACCCAUCCAGACAGGGGAAUCGGUCCAAAAUUUUGCUAUCUUUUUAGCUCAGAAGUUGAGAAAAAAAAAGAGAACCAUCUUUUCUAGAAGAAAACUGCAAGAGAUUUUUCUUUACUUUUUUAAAAAAGGGUCUGUUUGCAGAGAGACUCCUUCUUCAUCUUAACCUGGAUGUAGGGCACCCGCCAGCGGAGACUUAAAUGGGAAGAGGCGCAAACUUCCAGCAGCCAGGAUUCCUCCGGAGACGGGAGCGCAGCGUCGGCUGAGCCCGGGAGAAGACUUUCCGAGCGGGCUGCUGGCGUUUCAGCCCCUCGGGGAGACGGGUGGGGUGGGGGGAGCCGGCUGGAGCGGAAGAUGCACCCCCGGGCCAGCUUUCCGAGGCUUCGCCGCGAAAGAGCCAUGCACUGAGAACGGGAUGACGCUGGAACCGAGGCCGGUUGCCUUCAGACUCAAAGCCGCCGCGCUAAGGGGGGGGUUCCCUUUUCUCUGGACGGUUUUUUGUCUGACUUGCUUCCUUGGAUUCACGCGUGGAAACCGUGAAGAUGUGGACGUCCUUCAGAGGUUGGGCCUGGUGGGACCAAGGACCUUGGACCUGUCACACUCUGUUCCUCAGGGAGUUGCUCCCUUCACGUUGGGAGUCAUCCUCACCCAGCAGGCACGAGUCGAAGUGCCCUUCAGCUCAGUUAUUCCCUUCCCCGUCAGCGCGGACCUGACCGUUAUGUUAAGUGUGUGUUCCCUCCGGGUCAACAGCGCUUUCCUAUUCACCGUCAAGAGCAGAAGGAAGAAAUUGCAGCUGGGCGUCCAGUUCCUUCCCGGGAAGGUUGUCGUCUACGUCGGUCACAAGCGCUCCGUCUACUUCGAUUACGACGUCCACGACGGGCGGUGGCACAACUUCGCGAUUGACAUCCGAAGCAAAACGGUCACCUUAGUCACCUCCUGCGGGAAAGAAAGGGUACAGGCGGAUUUGCGUCGUAAAAAAAGCAAGGCCUUGGACCCGGCGGGAUCAUUCCUCUUGGGAAGACUCAACCAGCGCUCGGUCCAGUUUGAAGGUGCCCUUUGCCAGUUUGAUAUUUAUCUGUCGACCAAGGCAGCUCAUGAUUACUGCAAGUAUCUGAAAAGACAAUGCAGACAAUUGGAUGCCGUUCGGCCGGACCUCCUGCCUUUUACUCUGGGGCUGUCCAAAGAUCUGAGAACUUUUGAAAUGACACCAAAGCAGGUAGACCUCGCAGCGAUGGGCUUGACGAACUUGACCACUGUGCACCCUCCCACAAGGGUCUUCAAGACCUCCGCUUCGCAGAGGGAUAGGAGGUUUCAGCUAGCAUCUAGCACUGUUCGAGCUCCUAAAGCACCAUCGGCAGCACCAACCGCGAAGAUGAGGUCCACCGUGGCAUUGACAAUCCCAGAAGUGUCGCAACCCCUCCGUGAUCUCCAACAGAUCGCCACAGUGGCACGUCCGAUGUCUCACCGGCCUACUGCCAGGGUUUUAGAUGGGCCUCACGCAGCUUCCGGCGUGAAGAAGCCUCUUUGGUCACCCCGCCCUGAGGUCCUGGCCUUCCCAAACUCGACGGUGAGCUUUGCCCUGGUUCCAGACAAGCAAGCACCCCAAAAGUAUCCGGGUAGCCAAGGACCCACCAUCAGGUCCUCUCAGACACCAGACACCACGAAGCCAACGACGAAGAACCGAAGGAACUCGUCAAGUAGCCGUUCUCCAGCCACCACAAAGCGCAGGUGGGAAAAAGUCACCAGUGGCCCCACCCCGAAGGAGGUUGGGAUCCAGCCAACAAUGAAGAAACCCAGUCCCACCAUGGCUACUGUCUUCUACACCAAACCAGCCCUUGGAGAGGCUUACCCUGUUUAUGAAACACACGGACACAACUCAGAUUUCAUCACGCUGGCUGCUGCAGAUGGCUUUCAGGACUUCAACCCCGUGGGCCCCACCUUAUUUCCCUUCGUUAUUGGACUUCCUGGGUGGAAAGGAGAUCCAGGACCCCCGGGUGCUCCUGGUUUACCUGGGAUCCUGGGCCUUCCCGGCAAGCGAGGACCACGGGGACCUCUCGGCCCUCAUGGAAACCCUGGCCGGCCUGGGCCACCUGGUGCAAAGGGCCAGAAAGGGGAUCCUGGAUCAUCACCUGGGAAAGCAUGGCACGGUCAAAAGGGUGAUAUGGGUUUACCUGGGUUGACAGGACAUCCUGGAUCACCUGGUCGAAAGGGACAGAAAGGAUAUCUUGGUCCAACAGGCCAUUCUGGAGAGCCGGGUGUCCGAGGUGCUCAAGGAAAUCCAGGAGCCAAAGGUUAUCCUGGCAGGCAGGGAUUACCUGGACCGAUAGGAGAGCCUGGCCCAAAAGGUAGCCAGGGGUACAUUGGCCCGCCAGGACUGUUGGGAACGCCCGGGGCCGAUGGGGAAAGAGGAACCCCCGGAGUUCCUGGGAAGAAGGGCAAGAUGGGUAGGCCGGGUUUUCCCGGCGAUUUUGGGGAACGUGGACCACCAGGUAUUGAUGGAAAUCCGGGAGACCUCGGAGCUCUUGGUCCCACUGGAGUCCCCGGCCUUCUUGGUGAUGUAGGUGUCCUUGGAGAAAUGGGCUUCCCGGGACCAAAAGGACUAAAGGGGUUGAUGGGAAAUCCAGGAGAACAUGGACUGAAAGGUGAUAAGGGUGAGGAAGGGAUGGCAGGCAUUCCUGGAGAAAUUGGUUUCCAAGGGGACAAGGGUAGCCACGGAUUGCCCGGGAUACCUGGAUUACGAGGAAAACCAGGCAGAAUGGGAAGAGUUGGUGACAAAGGUGCAGAUGGAAUUCCAGGUCCACCUGGCCCAGAGGGCUUCCCGGGAAGCAUCGGCCCCCCAGGAGAAAACGGCCCCGAAGGUAUUAAGGGAAAGCCUGGCGCGAGGGGUUUGCCUGGUCCCAGAGGAAUACCCGGUCAAGAGGGCAAUGAAGGACCACCAGGUCCCUAUGGCCCCCCAGGGGAAGAGGGUCCUCCAGGGCAGAAGGGGUUUCCUGGCAAACCGGGCCCGGAGGGUUUAAAGGGUGAACCAGGAAACCGAGGACGACUGGGAAAAAUUGGUGACGAGGGUCUGAUGGGGUUCAUCGGUCCAAUCGGGGAGCCUGGCGGCGUUGGGGAGAAGGGAGAUCGGGGCACAGUUGGAUCACCAGGGCCGAUAGGCGUCAAGGGAUCGAUGGGUCAUCCUGGAAUAUCAGGAGAAGUUGGAGACCCUGGCCCCCUUGGACCACCAGGCCCCCCAGGAGUCCGUGGCUCCCCAGGGAUAAGAGGACCAAAAGGUCGACGGGGCGCUCGAGGUCCCGAUGGAACACCAGGCGAAGCGGGACCCCAGGGAUCCAAGGGCCACCCAGGUGAUCCAGGUAAACCAGGACUGGACGGUCAAGAGGGAAAGAUUGGAGAAAUGGGAGAGAUUGGAACUCGUGGCUUCCCUGGCAUCCAAGGACCUUCUGGACCACAAGGAGCGAAAGGGCCUCCUGGAGAUUUGGGACCUCAAGGCCCACCAGGACCACCGGGCCUUUUGGGAGAAAUUGGACAUAAGGGACCUCCUGGUGCACCAGGACAGCGAGGACUUCCAGGAGAAACUGGGAUGAAGGGUGAUCUUGGUCCACUGGGGAUUCCUGGAGAGCAAGGAUUGGUUGGCCAACGGGGAGAACCUGGCCUUGAAGGAGACAGUGGCUCAGCAGGACCAGAUGGACUCAAGGGAGACAAAGGGCAACCAGGCCCAGAAGGGGAACGUGGGGACAAAGGGCAAGGAGGGGACCAAGGAAAAGAAGGCCCCCCUGGCGUUCCUGGAACCCCGGGCAUCCGAGGUCCAGAAGGAAAACCUGGCCAACAAGGAGAAAAGGGCAAAGCUGGACUUAAGGGCAACAAAGGUCACGAGGGACAGCUUGGAGAGACGGGCCCACCUGGACCUAUGGGCUCCACAGGGACUCAGGGCCCCAAAGGAUCAAGAGGUACCCUUGGACCUAGGGGACCUCCGGGCCAGAUGGGUGUCCAAGGAGAGAUGGGAUUAAAAGGCUAUCAGGGACACCCAGGAUCACCGGGCACCAUGGGAUUUCCUGGACCUAAGGGAGAAAAGGGAGAACAAGGUGAUGAUGGGAAGAAGGAGGGACCCCCUGGGCCACCUGGAGAGAGAGGUCCCACUGGCAACAGGGGAGAUCGUGGGGAGUCUGGAGACCCUGGUUAUCCUGGCCAAGGAGGAGUUGAUGGCGAGCGAGGAACAGCCGGGCAGCAAGGUUUGCCUGGACAUCCAGGACCCCCAGGAUCCCCAGGCCUCAAAGGAUCCAAAGGCAGUCUGGGUCAAAAAGGAAAACCAGGAAUAAGGGGUGCCAGAGGCAGCCGUGGAUCACCGGGUCCUCUUGGGCUGCCAGGCCCCCGAGGGGUCAUUGGGCGAGAAGGACAAGAGGGCACCCCUGGAGUUGACGGGAUUCCUGGAAAAGACGGCAACCGUGGGCAAAAAGGUGAACAAGGUGAGGAUGGGGAAGAAGGCACCCCAGGGAUCCCAGGGAAAAGAGGGAACUUCGGAGUCCCUGGCUUACCUGGAGCACAAGGCCCCACAGGAUUUAAGGGAGAAAGAGGUUCGCCUGGAGAGGUUGGUCCAUUGGGUAAAAGAGGUUCUCAAGGUGGAACGGGACUCCCUGGGACCUCCGGUGAUCCAGGAUCCAAAGGACAGCCGGGAGACGUUGGUGAAUCAGGGUUUCCAGGGAUUGCUGGACUCUUUGGCCCAAAGGGACCACCUGGAGAUCUUGGCUUCAAAGGCAUCCAGGGCCCUAAAGGGCCUCAAGGAAUCUGGGGCCAAGAAGGUGUCAUUGGUCCAGUUGGGAUUUCAGGUCGACCAGGAAACACUGGUCCUAAAGGAGAGAAAGGCAGCCAAGGCGAAGCGGGUCUCCAAGGUCCAAAGGGUAUCCCAGGGCCCCGAGGACCUCCUGGCCCACCGGGCCCACCAGGAAUUCAAGCUGCAUUGGGGCAAGAUGACUUCGCUGCAGCUUUCCACUCCACGUUGAUUGCCAGCGCUGUCUUCAGGUCUGAGAGCUACGAACAGAUGGACCUUCCAGUGAUGGAUCAAGGAGGGGAGAUCUUUAAGACCUUGCACUACCUCAGUGUCCUCAUUCAGAGCAUCAAGAGACCCUUGGGGACAAAAGAAAACCCUACCCGUGUUUGUAAAGACCUCAUGAACUGUGAACAAAAGAUGCAGGAUGGCGUCUACUGGAUUGACCCAAAUCUUGGCUGUUCUUCAGACAGCAUUCAGGUCACCUGCAACUUCGCCCAAGGAGGUCACACUUGCCUCAGUCCUAUCACAGCAUCUAAGCUGGACUUCGAUAUCGGAAGAGUACAAAUGAACUUCCUUCACCUCUUGAGCUCUGAAGUCGUUCAGAACAUCACUAUCCAUUGCUUGAACACACCGGUUUGGCCAGAAGGACCAUCAGAAGGGGCCUCCCUACGCUUCAAGGCCUGGAAUGGGCAGCUCUUCGAACAGGGAGGGCAGCUCACACCGGACGUGGUGAUAAACAAUUGUCAGAUUCAAGACGGUCAGUGGCAUCACACCCUCUUUACCUUCCGGACGUACGACAUCCAGCGGCUCCCGAUCGUGGGUGUGUAUAACCUUCCGUCAAGCAAGCCAGGGAAGGAGUAUUUCCUUGAAGUUGGGCCAGUGUGUUUCCUCUAGAAAUCAACUUUUUGUGGUGCUCCACACACACUUCAGCUUCUCAGAAGAGAAGCUGCGUCUUCGGCCAGGAGACUCGGCCACCUGGACCUCUGUCAGCCCCCCGAGACCUGUGGGGGCUUCAGCACUGGGACCACGUCAAACGAGAAGCCUUUGCGGAUCCGUUCAGCCUCUCCAUCUUGGCCCUGGGAGAAAUGGUUCAGAAGAAUCCCAGGGUUGGGGUUGGGGGACCACGGUUGGGCCUGAAGCAACUUCAGAGAUGGCCAGUUGGAAGUUGACAUUCUCUACCUACAGAUGGACUCAUCCCCUCCUCUCCUUCAGCCAAAGGGAGAGGGGGAAAAAAACAAAACACAGUUGCUUGCAGAAAACCCAGCUUUUGGGUGACCCAAGCACACGAUUCCGGAAUCCAGGUCGUUUAUCAAAACAGAGGUUUUGCUGGACAAGACAGGGAAGGGACUUGGAAAAACAAAACAGUUGCCAUCAUAUUAUUAUAAGAUUAUUUUUUAUCUGCUCACUGUUCUGGAACAGGAAGGAUUUUGAUGUGCAAUAUUAAACAGAGAGAGGAGAAAGAAGAGAGAGAAAAAUUAUAGAUAUAUAUAUAUAUUAUUUAAGGCAAGGAAAAAAAAAUCUAAAUAAAAGCCAGCAAGAUUCUUCUUCCUUUUGGAAAUGAAAACAUCCCUUGGAUAUGGGGGGGGGGCGAGAGAGAUGUCUCUUCCUCCCCCCCAAAGUGGAAAGGGGUGAAGAAACUUUGGUGCUAAAUUGAAGAAAAGAAAGAUAAAACGAGAGAGAAAGAGAGAGGGCCAGACUUUUUCAAUUUGAUUCUACCUCUCACUGUGAAAAUAACUGGUGCUCUUUUAUUUUUUAAAGAAGUUGUAAUUAUAUAUAUAUAUAUAUAUAUGAGUAAAACUAUUUAAAAAAUCCUCAGAGGUGCUAGAGUGUCUCUUAACAGCCCUCACCUCUGUUUGGGCAAUGUUCCUUUUGCAGGGAAAAGAACAAAUAAACACAGGGCACGUACUGGUUAAUUGGUACAGCAUCAACGCCGAUUUAAUUUAAAAGCGCAUUAAAUAUUUCUCCAGAUUUUUCUUUGGAACCCACAGUUUCGUUAGCAACUUAUACAGGGUGCGGAGGGCGGGGGGCAAGGCAGGGUGUACAAUUGAAGAGUAGUUUUUAGAUAAUAUAUAUACAUAUAUAAAUAUAUAUAUAUAUAUAUAUACCUGUACGUGUGUGCCAAGUGCAUUUGGUCUUAAGAACAGAGCCUAGAAAAUUUUUUAAAAAAUGUGUGCAUUUUGGGGGAACGUAUGUGCGAGCGAGCCUGGCUUCUUUGCCAGAAGUUCCAGGUUGCGACAAGACCUGAUGGAAGAAAGUUAUUUGGCGUAGCUUUUCUAUCAAUAGGAGAACCCCCGUUUCAGCAUCGGCUUUAGUUUAGGAUAAA